UAAAACCGCUCUCCCCCUUCCCACUCUCCAUACUCUUCCUCCCACUCUCUCUCUCUACUAAAAAUUCUCAAGAACACAGCGGCCAUGCCGUCCCCCUACCACGAGGACCCCCUCUCUUCCCCCCCGCCACCUCACGCCGCCGCCGCCGCCGCCGGCCCCUCGAACGGGUGGGGCCCCUAUUCCGGCGCGGGCGACUUCGGGGCCAACAUGCUCAUCAUCCUCGCCGCGCUCUUCGUCGCCCUCCUCUUCGCCCUCCUGCUCAACGCUGUCAUCCGCUUCCUCUUCUGCGCCGCCGCUCGACGCCGCCUCUUCCGCCACCGCCACCCCGCGCCGGCGGACCCCGAGAAGCAGAUGGCGCCGCUGCCCGCGGAGGCGGAGGCGGCGCCGACGCUGGUGUUCUCGCCGGGGACGAGGCUGGCCGGGGCGGAGGCGGAGUGCGCCAUCUGUCUCGCCGAGUUCGUGGACGGGGACCGGGUGAGGGUUCUGGCGCCCUGUAACCAUGGCUUCCAUGUCCGGUGCAUCGAGCGGUGGCUGGCCGCCCGGAGCUCCUGUCCGACCUGCCGGGCCAGAUGCCACGUAGCGGUGCGCGCCGCGGGGAACAGCCCGGUGGUGGCCGAGCCUUAGGUAACGGCCAGAUAGACUAGUGGAUAUGUCCUGCUAACAUGGGAUAUCCGGAAGAUUAAAACAAAAUUGAAGUCCUGGCCCUUAUCUUUUUAAGAGAUUUCUCCGGCUAAUUAGAGUCCUAUUCGGUAGUUCUUCUUCUUUUGUGAUCAUAAUCUCUUCCAUUUUCUUA